AUGGCCGGCAGGAGUGCAUUCAGUGACUUCGACAAUAGCAGUUUUAACAAACCAUUGCCUAACAGUCCGCCAUUUGUGGCUUAUCUGGGAAAUCUACCACAAGGAAUAACACAAGGAGAUGUUGAAAACUUAUUUCUUCAAAGCCAGUUGCAAAUUAGAAAUGUGCGGUUGGUUCAUGACAAAGAGACUGAUAUGUUCAAAGGUUUUGGGUAUGUUGAGUUUGUCACUCUAGAACAUCUGAAAGAUGCACUUCAAAUGGAAGUCUUUAUUGAAGGACAAAAAAUCAAAAUUGAUGUUGCGUCUGGAAAACGAAAUGAACGAUCAGGAUUUGAUAGAGGUGGCAGGGGUGGUGGCAGAGGUGGUGCUCCAGGAAGUUUUAGCAAUAACCCUGGAAUGCGCAGUAGGUCUGAUGAUUUCACUCAAAAUUCAGGCUUUUCUGGUGGUAAUUUCCGCAAUCAAAACGGAGGAAUGGGUGGUGGAAUGGGCGGUCGAGGUAAUUUCAUGGAACAAUCUGGAGGAGGUAUGAACAGGUAUCCAGACAGUGGUUCACGAGACUUUAAUCGACCAGGAAAUGCUUCGCAAUUCCCAGGAGGAAGUCGUAGUGAACGUAGACCAGAUUUUGAAAGUUUACCACCACCACCAAAUGAUCCAGGCAGACCUAAAUUACAAUUGAAACCAAGGACCAUAAAAGAACCACUGAAUCAAUUGGCUGAUUCUACUCAGCAUACAAGUAUAUUUGGAGGAGCAAAACCUCGCGAAGAGAAAUCACUUCCUGACGUUGUGAAGAAAACAUCACCAUCGCAUUAA